AUGUGGCGUGGCCAGUUCACGCGAGGUGAUCAUGGGGUGCCGACUGUUAUUUUGGAGGCGGUGGUUUCAAAUGACCUAUGGUUUUGGCAUGCAUUUUUUGGUAUGGUCGGGUCAAACAAUGACUUGAAUGUGCUCCAAGCGUCUCCGAUAUUUAACGAUAUUUUACAGGGCAAAGCACCAGAAAUGUCAUAUGUUGUCAAUGGAAAUGAAUACAAAUAUGGGUAUUACCUAGGUGAUGGGAUAUAUCCAGAAUACGCUACGGUUGUCAAGUCAUACACAUUUUCGGCCGACGAUAAACGAAAAAUGUUUAAGUUAGCACAAGAAUCUGCAAGGAAGGAUGUAGAACGGGCGUUUGGAGUCCUCAAACAAAGGUGGCACAUAAUCAAACAUCCGGCACGAACAUGGGACAGAGAAAAAUUGAGGACCGUGUUGACUGCUUGUGUUAUUUUACAUAACAUGAUAAUAGACGAAGAGGGAACACGACAAUUUCAAGGGCAAAAUGACGAUGAAGACGACGAUGAUGACGAUGGUGUCGAUGGUGACGACGAGGAGGAUGACGAUGGUGGAGACGAGGCGGAUGAUACCGGUGACGACAACGACGACGAUUAG